AUGGCCACAGCAGGAGCCGGCGGCGGCAACAUAAAAGUUGUCGUACGCGUACGUCCGUUCAACAGUCGCGAGAAGGAUCGCCAGGCAAAAUGUAUCGUGUCUAUGAAAGGCGCGCAGACCGUGCUCACCCCUCCUUCGGCCGACGCCAAAAACAAAUCGGCCAAAGCUGCUCUCGAAGGUAGCAAGACGUUCGCAUUCGACAAAUCGUACUGGUCCUUCAACCGACAAGAUGACAACUUCGCGGACCAAGAGAACCUCUUCACAGAUCUCGGGCGGCCUCUAUUGGACAAUGCGUUUCAGGGAUACAAUAAUUGCAUUUUCGCGUAUGGGCAAACGGGUUCUGGCAAGAGUUACAGUAUGAUGGGGUAUGGUGAAGAGGAGGGUGUCAUUCCGCGGAUUUGCAGAAAUAUGUUCGAGCGGAUCGAGACUGUACAGAACGGGGACAAGAACAUGGCUGUGACGGUCGAGGUGUCAUAUCUGGAGAUCUACAACGAACGUGUACGCGAUCUGCUCAACCCGAGCACCAAAGGCAACUUGAAAGUUCGGGAGCACCCUGCUACAGGGCCGUAUGUCGAAGAUUUGGCCAAGCUCGUGGUUCGCAGCUUCACCGAGAUCGACCAUCUCAUGGAUGAAGGAAACAAGGCACGAACCGUAGCGGCGACGAACAUGAACGAGACGUCUUCUCGAUCGCACGCUGUGUUCACUCUCACCCUCACGCAAAAGCGGCACGAUUUGGAGACGAAUAUGGAUACUGAAAAGGUGGCCAAGAUCAGCCUGGUUGACUUGGCGGGUUCCGAGCGUGCCAACAGCACCGGUGCCACGGGAGCUAGAUUGAAGGAGGGAGCCGAGAUCAACAGGUCUCUGUCAACGCUGGGCCGCGUCAUUGCCGCGCUGGCGGAUAUGAGCUCAACGACAAAAUCCAAAAAGGGAUCGCAGGUUCCGUAUCGAGACUCUGUCUUGACGUGGUUGCUGAAAGACAGUCUCGGAGGAAAUAGUCUCACAGCGAUGAUAGCCGCAAUUUCUCCGGCAGAUAUCAACUUUGAGGAAACGCUCUCGACUCUGAGAUACGCAGACUCUGCCAAACGCAUCAAGAAUCACGCCGUGGUGAACGAAGAUCCAAACGCUCGGAUGAUCCGCGAGCUCAAGGAGGAAUUGGCGCAACUUCGCUCGAAACUCAGCACUGGUGGCACCAUCGCGGAGGAACAGUACAGCGCCGAUACGCCUUUGGAGAAGCAAAUUGUCAGCAUCACACAAGCCGACGGAUCCAUCAAAAAGGUUUCCAAGGCGGAGAUUGCAGAGCAGCUCUCGCAGUCCGAAAAGCUAUAUUCUGAUCUGAACCAGACAUGGGAGCAGAAGCUUAGCAAAACCGAGAAGAUUCACAAAGAGCGAGAAGCCGCCCUGGAGGAGCUGGGUAUCAGCAUUGAAAAGGGCUUCGUUGGCUUGACGACACCGAAGAAGAUGCCUCAUUUGGUCAACCUCAGCGACGAUCCUCUGCUGGCGGAGUGUCUCGUCUAUAAUCUCAAGCCUGGUACCACAACUGUUGGUAAUGUUGAGACGAACCAAAUCAACGUCGAAGGCGAAUCGAGCGGCGCAGGGAAUGCAGGUGUCGAUGUCCGACUGAACGGGUCCAAAAUUUUGCACGAUCAUUGUACUUUCGAGAACGUGGAUGGCGUGGUGACAGUAGUUCCGAAGGAUGGGGCUGCGAUCAUGGUCAAUGGCAUCCGCAUCGAAGCUCCCAAGAGGUUACGGUCGGGGUACCGCGUGAUCUUGGGCGACUUUCACAUAUUUCGCUUCAACCAUCCACAAGAGGCACGUGAAGAACGGGCGGAGCAAGGCAGCUUGCUCAAGUAUUCAGUCACUGCGGAUCAGCUUGACUCGCCUUCGCGCCCGCCUCCGCUUGACCACGAAAGGUCACACAGCAGCGUGAGCCGAGCGAUGUCAGAUGUCGAAACCGAUAUGGGAAGCCCAGGAAAUCUAUCACCAGCACCGUGGAAGAUGGGCGGACGGGACAGCGACUGGGCAUUCGCACGCCGCGAGGCCGUGUCAUCGACAUUAGGACCGGAUCAGAAAAUGUCCGACCUGACGGACGAUCAGCUCGAUGUACUGUUCGAAGAUCUACAGCGUGUAAGAGCGGUACGAAAGGGAAGGCCAGAAGGCAAGCUGUUCGACAUGAAUGGCGGAGACACUGAUACUGAGUCCGUCGCAUCACAUCCCGUGCGAGAGAAAUAUCUCAGUAAUGGCACGCUGGACAAUUUCAGCUUGGACACGGCUUUGACCAUUCCCUCAACUCCACGACAUUCCGAGGACGAAGAACGGUUGAAGCAGACCAGAGAUGAUAUGCAAGACCAGCUCGAGAAUAAGAAGGAGGAAUAUCAGAAGCAGCUUCAAAAUGCUGAAGAGGGCACAGUCGAGAUCGACGAGCUCCGCAACGAAAAGAUCAAGAUGGAGACAUCACUUCAAGAGAUGAAGGAGCAGAUGCAGAAACAAUUGAUGGAGCAGAAGGUCGUGUUUGAGAAGCAGAUCGCCGAGUUGAGAAAGCCGCCGAAGCCAAGACGAAAAAGUCACGGCAAGGGGUUGACGGAUCGUGAACUGUACUUUGCGAAACAGGUGCUGCAACACUGGAGAAAGCAUCGGUAUAUCGCGAUUGCGGCAGGCGUUCUGAAGAAUGCAUCGACACUCAAAGAAGCUCAAGUCAUCAGUCAGCAAAUGGAGCGUAGCGUUGUCUUUCAAUUUACAAUCGUCGACGCUGGACACACCUUUGGCUCCUCAUACGACCUCGCAUUGAACGGCGUCUCGGCCGAAGAAGGCAACGAUCCAAGUCUGGAGGAUUCGCCCAAACCGUGCCUGGCCGUGAGAGUCGUCGACUUUGCGAACACAGUCAUUCAUCUCUGGUCGAUCGAGAAGAUGCACAAACGUGUCAAAGCCAUGCGGCAAAUGGUUCAAUACAUCGAUCGACCAGAGUACAUGCAACAUUUCAACGUCGGCAACCCUUUCGAAGAAGAUUGUAUGCCUGAGUACACCCGCGUUGGGGACUCUGACAUUCCCUUGGCCGCGGUAUUCGAAUGCAGAGUGCAAGACUUCACACUGGACGUGUACUCGCCAUAUACGUGCAGUAUCAUUGGAGUGGUCCAUCUGUCACUCGAACCUAGCUCCGCAGAAGCCCCAAGCAGCACGCUAAAGUUCAAUGUGGUCAUGCACGAUCUCGUGGGCUUUGCCGAGCGCGAAGGUACCAACGUACAUGCUCAGCUUUUCAUCCCUGGUAUCUCAGAGGAAGGCGGUGUGACAACCACUUCUCUUGUCAGCGGUUUUGGCGAGAACGCAGUGCGCUUCGAAAGUGUCCACAGCAUGAGCCUACCGCUUUCGGCGCCCCGGGAGGCCAGCUUGAGGGUCAGCAUCUUCGCGAGAGUUACGAGCAUGCAUCUCGACAAGCUCCUUAGUUGGGACGACAUGCGCGAUGCGUCGGUCGCGGCCAACAUCAAGCCGAGGAACAAACGACUUCAUUCCCGCAUUGGAGAACACGAAUACUACUCGGAUGCUCGUCACGAUACCUUUGCUCGCGUACAUAUCCUUGAGAUCAGCGAGGACGGGACUUAUCAACCGGUUGAAGUCGUGCAGAAUGACACUCUGGAUCAAGGAGCGUACCAGCUGCAUCAAGGUCUGCAACGGCGGGUUGUCCUGAACUUGGUUCACUCCUCGGGUGAUGGUCUACCAUGGGAAAGGGUCGAUCGACUGCAAGCCGGUCAGAUUCGACUGCUGGAUAGCGAUGGCAAGGUCUCUGAUACGGACAGCAACACACCAGAUGUUCUCCUGUCUCUUGUCUCCCCGCCCGUGAUUCGCAAGAACGCCGACGGCACCGUCCAUGUCAAAGUAACUGGUCAAUGGGACUCCAGCGCACACAGCUCCCAAUUACUGGACCGACCGACGCUGGACAAGUACCGUGUACAGCUGACGUUCAAGUGGCAGGUUCACUCGCCCAGAGUGACUCACCCUAUGAAGUUCAACUUCGACGUGGCAGUGCAGACCCGUCCACGGACAUGGUUCAGACAAAAUUCGCUUCUCGGGCAGUUCUUCUACAAUCAAAGAGUUGUCCAUUCGACCGCCAACAACUAUACCGUAACGCUGAAGCCCAGCGCUGCCAAACGAGCAGGCGACCUGUGGCGAAUGGACACGUCGACCGACUACAUCUCGGGCGAAGAGACGCUUACGAGCUGGGCUCCACGAAGCACAUCGCUGGUCAAAGACUACAUGACCUUGCGAAAGAGGCAAAGACGCAUCGCAGAGAUCGAGUCUGCAAGGGGCGUUCUCGCGUGGGGCGCACUGUCGCCACCAUCGAAGGCUCAACGUGCAGAAGGCGAGACAUUGACCGAGCCACAGCAAGCGCUUCUGAAGAGAGUCCUCGGUCUUUGGCAGACGUCUCCGUCACCCAGCGAGAUGAUGCUCCUCCUAUCAAAUACUGGAUCCCCCGAGCGCGGCGCCGCAUUCGCCAAUGGCGGAUCGAAAGAUGCAUCCGAAGAAUCCGACCCAGUUCCUCUUGCAGCCACCGUCGAGACGCACCUCAAGUCUCCCACAGUCCUCAAAGCUGGCUGGCUCCUCUGUCCCGACCUUGCUGGAUCCCACUGGGUUCGAACCUACGUCGAGCUUCGCCGUCCGUAUCUUCACUUGUACAGCAAAGAAGGCGACGAGGUCAAUGCCAUCAACUUGACGAAUUCGAGAAUUGACGCGGAACCUCAGGUGGCGAAGCUGCUGCAGCGGCCAAACGUGCGGAUGGAGGUUUGGGCGGUGUACUCGACGAAGGCGUGGCUGUUUGCGUGUCGGAACGAUACCGAGCGCGGAGAAUGGAUCUGGGCUGUUGAUCGGUCAUAUGUUAGUGGUGGCGAUAGUGGGAGGAGAACCCCGGAGGAUUGGGCAUAG